AUGCCUCCCCAAGUCUCACAACCCAUCUACGCCAACUACCCAAGCGAGAAGUUGACCAUAGGAGCCGGAGUCGCCAUCUUCCACAUCGCCACCGAGCGAGUAGUAGUCUGCUACCACUCCCGCGACAAAUACUACUUCCUCCCUAAAGGCCGCCGCAACGCCAACGAACCCACUGGCCAAGCCGCCGAACGCGAGGGCUACGAGGAGUCCGGCUACCGCAACCGCCUCUUACCUCUGCCGAUGAAGCAUCGCCAGCCGGAUCCGGAUGAAGGCCACGAGGAGUUCGUGACGGAGCCGGUGUGGACGCAGUUGCUGCCGUUGACGAGCACGUCGCAGUAUUUGCUGUUCUGGUAUGCGGCGGAGACUGUGCCGCCGGAGGUGGAGCGGGUGUAUGAGGGGGGGAGUACGGGUGGUGGAGGGGAGGGGGAAGGGCGUGUGUACCGGGCUCCGCCGGCUUUUCCGAGGGAUGUGACUUUGUCGCAACGACUGGCCCAGGACCGUAUUACGAGCGAUGGCGAGGAGAAGAUCUAUGAGCCAGUAUGGCACGCCGGAACCGGUGUAGAUGAAGAGGAGCUGCUGUACAAGAGCUACCUCCUCCCCAUCGCCGAAGCGAGGCGAAAACUGAAGGGCUCGGUGAUGGAGGAUGUGGUUCGAAGAGGCUGGGAGGGGAUGCAACUGAGAAUGGAGAUGGAGGCGGGAAAGUAA